AUGGCGGCCGACAAUGAGGUCAACACCGGACAACCGCCGCGCAUCGAAACCGCAGUUGAUGUUGUGGCUGUCCCGGCAAUAGGUGCAGACCCCAGGAGGACCUGGCUCGAUGAGAAUUCACAAACGCCCUGGCUUCUUUCCGACUUAACAAAAUGCGUCCCCAAUGCCCGCGUGUUGCUUGCAGACCAUGGGCACAUAGGCUCUCGAGAUGACCUGGACUCUUUGGCCCAUAGGCUGUUGAAAUGGCUUCUAGAGGAAAGGCAGGCGACGAGCCUUAGACGCCCCAUCUUCUUCAUCUGUCAUAGUACUGGUGGUCUCGUUGCAAAAGCCGCUCUCAUAAUAGCUAGUCAGUUGACAUCCAGGCUUGGUUCGAUACUGUCAAGCUGCUAUGGUAUUGCUUUCCUCGCGACUCCCCAUCACGGCUCGAGUUAUCUGUCGGCGCCCGAAUUUACCAGGAGUAUCCAGCGAUUGAUGAAACUCAAGCAUCGCAUUCCACCUGGCCUUCAAGAGCUCUUUAGACCAAGACAUCCCUACCUUUUACGACUCUCGAACCAAUUUAGAUCGAUAUCGGCAGAUAUUAGAAUUUGGACCUUUUUGGAGACAGUCGAUUCGACACUCAGCAUUACCGACUCGGAAACCGGGGACUCGGUCGAUAUGCAUGUCCCCAUUACGUCUAUUCGAUCAGGCAUUCUAGACCUUGAGCAUGAGAAAGAACUUCCCUUGGCUGCCGACCACGUUGGCACUGCAUGUUUCAAGGGCCAGGAGCUUACUACAAGGACAAGUUUUAUUAAUGAGCUUCAAGCAUCUGUCUCCAUGGCCAUCGAUCUAUCUAGAAUGGCUGAUGCCCCCUUGGACGUCGACUUGGAGGUUAUGGUCCAGGUUAAUGGUUUCUUUGAAGACACCGCGCGAGGUAUCAGCGAUGAAACACCCUUGAAGCUCUGGUCAACAAAAGCAUCGCUCAAGGAGUACUUGACAAGUGGUCCCUCAUCAUGUCUCAGCAACAGGCUAAAGAAGACAGCUGGAAUACCAUCUAGCAUAUAUGACGACUCUUCCAUAAGCAGUUUCGACAGCAGGCCGACAUCUGCUCAAGUUCGGUCGUCAAUGGAUGGCAUAAUAAAUCCAACAGCAUCCCAUGCGACUGAACCUACAAAGCAUAAAACAAUCCCCCAAAGACCUUCACUCAAGGAGAACCGCAGAUUCCUGGGCCAAUCAUCCCCUAGAAUUCAUAUCACUGAGCCGGCCAGUCAAGGCUACUUUGACGUGCAGCCAGACUCGGGCGAAGAAGCGCAGAGGUCCGUCCAAUCGCAAGAAGACAAAAAGGAAGAAGAUACAAAUGCAAAGGAGACAGGCGCAAACAGCAUGGUUGCGAACUUUCCUCCCAGGUAUAGGAGUUUCCUGCCGAUUCCACUGCCAUCCCGAGAUAACGUCGAUGAACAGAGGGUUGAGAUGCCUCGAAAAGCGCCUCGAUUCGAUCAACCAGAGCCGGGCAGCGAGAAGCUUCUUUGGAUCCAUGUUCCUUACACCCACACUGGUUGGGUACCGUCCAUACUUGCCAAAGCAUGUGGGGGUCAAGAAAGACAGGCCUUCUUGGAGAAAUUUAUCAAUGAGGAAAACUGGUACUCGAAUCUCAUCAGAGCUCGCCAUCUUGAACCCCAUGCGCGCUACGUACGAUCUAGCUGCAUUCACUUCAAGCCAAACAAGGCUUCCACCCCCGGGGCAAUCGAGGGAUAUAAGGACCCGACAUUGGCUCUAUACCUCCACUGGGAUACUUACUGGAACCUAGUUCAACGGCGUAAAGUUGUUGAUGAGAGAUUGCGACAAGGACGAUUCAGACCAGUGCCAAGCAACAUCUCAGAAUCUAGUCUCGAGUCAAAGUUGAUCUGGAAAUACCUCGGCAAUGAGCCACCCAUUCACAUACGGAGGACGUUGGACCAAUUCGGAUAUCCGAACCUACGAUCGACAGUCGCAAGAGAUGAUGAUCAGAUGCUCUGGAAGAGGACAAGGAAGGUGGUUAAUCUGAAUGAUGAGAUAAAGGUUACUGUCCAACCGGAGGAUGGACCCGAGGCAAAGAAUACAUUCAUGGACGGAAAGGUCCUCAUGGUCGACCAACUUUGGCUGUGGAUUGUUGACGAGAAGACCGUCGUCACAUUCUUUCCCAACCAGGAGGCUACCACGGCAGAGGGCAAGCUGUAUGAGCAGUCCAAUCUGUACAACAGCAUAUACAACGAGUUAAAUGGAGAUCUAGCUAGACGUUUCGAAACAGCUGGUGAUCUUGCUUCCCUCAUAGUGUUGCAUGCAGUCACAGUUCUACUCGACCGGACACUUCACCGUGACCUGCAGAUACUCCGGAUAUUCGAAGAAUCCAUCAGCAUUCUAACCGAAAUCGUCACCAAAUCUUUCAAACGCUUUCGAAACCGCGGCUUCAACACCCGUCCUGCAGACUAUAACAAAAACGCCGAAGGGAGACCAAUGUCCGCUGCAGAACGCGAUGAAAGAGACAAUAAAGUAGCUAGACGAAACCGGGAGGAUCUCUCUACGUUGUUGGAGCUACGAGAUAUUGUAGACGAGCUAGGAACCAUUCUCAAACUCCUCGAGCAACAAACGACCACCGUGACAACCAUGACCAGCUACUUCGAACACAAAGGCUGCGGGAAAGCAUUCAUGAAAUCAGCCCUCUCCAGACUCGACGAAUAUCGCAACCAGGUUCUCGACAUGCGCGAAAACGCAACUCUUGCCCAAAAGGCCGUCGAAAACCUCCUCGACCUGAAACAAAAACAAGCUAGCGUCGACGAAUCCCGUCUCGCCCGCUGGGAAGCAGAAGUAACCCAAGACCAAUCGCGAUCCGUCAUGGUCUUCACAGUAUUCACCAUCAUCUUCCUCCCCCUCUCCUUCUUCACCUCCCUCUUCGGCAUCAACGCCCGCGAAUGGAGCGGCACCCCCGAAAACCCCACCCUGGGCGAAAUGCUCUACAUAGCAGGCCCCGCCUCUUUCGCAAUAAUCAUAAUCGCCCUUCUAAUCGCCUUCAAUGAGCGUCUCCGUGAGACUCUCUGGCGCGCCCAGAAACUCAUCCUAGACAUACUAGGUGAUUUCCUCCUCGCACCGGUCACAUUAGUAUUCCAGUGGAGGAAGAUGGCGGCAGCGAAACCUGAGCGCACGAAGGGCCGUUUGAAUAGAUAUAGACGGAAUCCGCAGAGAGAGUCACAGGAGGAUAUCUGGACGGAACAUGAGGAUAAGAUGGUUGUGGCGCUGCCGGGGGUGAGGGAGGGGGAUUUGGAGGUUGAGCGGUAUUUGGAGAAAGUGAGGGAGAGGGGGAAGUAAUAGAUGGGGGUGAGGGGAGCAUGUCGUAGAUCUAAACAGGCUUUCAGUGAUUUCAAGACUUGCGCGAUUGGUUAUAGAUCGAAGGUAUUGCUAUUUUCUUGGUUGGGAGAGCUAAAUUGUUGCUUAUGGUGGUUGUUGAAUGUUCUACCUUAAGCAGCCCCGUUUAUUGGUUCGGCAGUAUUCUUACGAGACUACGACACAUCACAAUGCUUGAACAAUUAAUGUAAUGAAAUCGCAAACACCACAGCCGACUAAAUUGCUGCGGAAUACAUAAAGUACAUGGUAUGAUACACAG